CCGAAGCUUUGUGGGAAAUGUAGUCCGACUUCCCGGGGUGGCGGUGCCGCGAGGGGCGUCAUCGGUCCGCAGGCGGCCUCGGCUCCUUCUGGGAGAGGCUCCAUCUUCUCUGGAUCCUGCCCAUCCCCUGGGAAGGACACCACAGGAAGGAAGGAGAAGGCAAUGGCUGCUGGGCCUCUACUUUGGGGAGUUCAGGUUGUCCUUUGGGUUAAAUGAGCUGAGGCAUAUGAAUCUCCUCUUGGUACAAAACUGAGUACAAGCUCGAAAAUGUUUAAAGAAGCCAAUCAUAUCUUCCCAUGGUAGCCAAGGGUCACAUCGCCCUCCUGUCAGUACAAAGCCUGCCGCCCACAGCCCAUGCUGGCUCACUGUUUCUGAGUAUGACCACCAAAUGGUCUUGCCUGGUGUGAAGUGUCCUCCCCCAGGUUGUGAGAUUAUGUGACUAAUAACUGCUGUCAUUCUCUUCUGUCCAGUGCUGUGUGUCAUGUAUUUGGUCAUCUUGUGCUAUUUAGGGUGGGGAAUCCAUCCUUUCAUCAGUGGGGUAAAAAGGUACAACCAGAAUACCAUCUACUCUUCUCCACUGCUAAUCUAGAGCAGCCUUCAAUAUCUUUCCCUAUUUUUCCUUAUGUCUGUCCCUGAUUGUUUCAUAAUAAUGUCUGUUUUUGUUGCAGAUGUUCAGUUUCUUUUGGAAGGUAACAUUUUCUCUCACAGAUCUCUUCUUUAUCCUAUCCUGUCUAAUGCUGCUUGUUUUUUGUUAUUUUUGUUUUACUUCCCUCAGAGGUGUUAUUGGCAUAAUUCUUUUUUAAGCAGGAAUUUAUAGUUUCAGGAUUCAAGGAUGUGUCUGUGGACUUCACCUGGGAGGAGCAGGUCCAUCUAGAUUCUCCUCAGAGGAACCUGUAUGGGAAAGUGAUGCUCAGAAACUAUAGGAACCUGGUUUCACUGGGACAUCAGCUUUCCAAACCAAAUGUGAUUUCUCAGCUGGGUUGAGAACUGAAGCUGAUGACAAAAGAACAUUCUGGGUGCAUCUUCCCAGGGUAAACAGUCUUUUCACUAUGUCACACUACUGUGUUUUAUGAAGAUUUAAUAUCAGAAUUAUAGCCAGCCUGCAGAAGAGAAGAAACUGCUGACUGGAAGACCAAGACUUGAAACAAAAGAGUCAACUACGAAGCCCAAGUUACUGAAGAUUUAUCUUAUGGGGUCACCCAAACCGGGUCCCAGAGAAGGAGAGGCCUGAGGCUAGAGAACAGCAUAGCCCCAGAGACGUCUCGACAGUGAAGAUGCAGCCUUCUUAGCUUCUGUUUUGAGGAGAAAGAAGACGACCUUCCUUCCCUACUUCCUCUGCUCCCCUCCAGGAUUAGUAGAAGGUGUUUCCAGCCUGAGGAUUUCUACUCUGCUUGUCUCUAAAAAGGCUCAUCAGAGAAGCAGGAAUGGCAGUCAGGUGCCUGCCCACCAUGGUCCAGGAAUCAGUGACCUUCAAGGAUGUGGCCGUGCUUUUCACCCAGGAUGAGUGGGCGCAGCUGAGUCCUGCCCAGAGGGCCCUGUACAGGGAUGUCAUGCUCGAGAACUACAGCAACCUGGUGUCCCUGGGACUCUUAGGACCCAAACCAGAUAUGUUCUCCCAGUUGGGAAAAGGGGAAGAGUGGAUGCCAGAGGACUCCUUGGGAGGCUUCUGUCUUGACUGGGUGAUUACACCUAUGAAUAAGAAAUCUAUUCUCAAGACAGAUAUUCCUGAAGGAGAAUUGGGUCAGUGGAUGAUAAAGGAAAGAUUCACUAGAGAUAGUUGCUGGAAAUAUGAUAGCCUGUUGGAAUGGCAGCAUGGAGGCCAGGAGAUAAACUUGAAGCAAGUGGUGCUUGCUCAUGAGAAAACUUCAUCUGUGGUUGGUGACCAGAAAUGUGAUGAAUCUGGAAAACAUGGCACCAUGAACUCAUCUUUUGUUCAGAGUCAGGGAUUUCAGUCUAGCAAAAAAGCCUUUGAAUGUAUCGAGUGUGGAAAAGUCUUCACUAAGAGUUCAACCCUCAAUAAACAUCAGAAGAUUCAUAGUGAAAAACUUAAUGCAAAUCAGAAAAUUGUUAUUAAAGAGAAGCGAUAUGAAUGUAGAGAAUGUGGGAAGGCCUUUCACCAGAGCACACACCUCAUCCAUCACCAAAGAAUUCACACUGGUGAGAAGCCAUAUGAAUGUAAGGAAUGUGGCAAGGCCUUCUCAGUGAGCUCCUCACUUACUUAUCAUCAGAAAAUUCAUACUGGAGAGAAACCUUUUGAAUGCAACUUAUGUGGAAAAGCUUUUAUCCGAAACAUACACCUUGCCCACCAUCACAGAAUACAUACUGGAGAGAAACCUUUUAAAUGUAAUAUAUGUGACAAAGCCUUUGUGUGUAGGGCACAUCUUACCAAACACCAGAAUAUUCAUAGUGGAGAGAAACCCUAUAAAUGUAAUGAAUGUGGGAAAGCCUUCAAUCAGAGUACAAGUUUUCUUCAGCAUCAGAGAAUUCACACUGGAGAGAAGCCUUUUGAAUGUAAUGAAUGUGGAAAGGCCUUCAGGGUGAACUCUUCCCUUACUGAACAUCAAAGGAUUCAUACCGGAGAGAAACCUUAUAAAUGUAAUGAAUGUGGGAAAGCGUUCAGGGAUAAUUCAUCCUUUGCCCGACAUCGGAAAAUUCAUACUGGGGAGAAACCUUACAGAUGUGGUUUGUGUGAGAAAGCCUUCAGGGACCAAUCAGCCCUAGCCCAACAUCAGAGAAUUCAUACAGGGGAGAAGCCUUAUACAUGUAAUAUAUGUGAGAAAGCCUUCAGCGACCAUUCAGCCCUCACUCAGCAUAAGAGAAUUCAUACCAGAGAAAAACCUUACAAAUGUAAAAUCUGUGGGAAAGCCUUUAUCCGAAGUACACACCUGACUCAACAUCAGAGGAUUCACACAGGAGAGAAACCCUAUAAAUGUAAUAAAUGUGGGAAAGCUUUUAACCAGACUGCAAACCUCAUUCAGCAUCAGAGACAUCAUAUAGGAGAAAAGUGACAUGGAAGAGCCUUGAGACUGAGUGCAUUAAUUAUUGAAUGCAGGAGAAUAACCGUGAAAGCUUACUUGAAGAUAGUCAUUUUGUUUUUACUGAGAAUCAAGGUUCACACUAGUAUGGGUUUUGAGACCUUAAGAAUGGCAAACACUCUUCAUACUUCAGGAAGUAUCUUGGUUGAAUAGCAGUGAUAUUUAAUUAGUCUGAAUUACCAAGUAUCAGAACCAGAAUGGACCUUCAUUAACAACAGAAUAAUUUCUAUGGUGAACUAAUGUUCACCAUUAAGAGAAAUUAUAAAAUUGUAAAAAUUAAGGUUGAGAAGCAAAGGAACAAAAAAGAAAAUGGUCUAUAAGCAUUUUACUUUACUUGUAGGAGGCUUUCUACCUUGAAUGGAACCCUUUGUUUUCUUCACCCCCUACAGCUGACACCAGUGUAAAGAAAGUGCAGUUAUCUAUGCAUUGGCCCAGGAGUUAAAUUAUGCUUCCUGCCUUCUGCUUCAAACCACCUUUUGUCAGACUUCCCUGGUUCAUAUGUCCACUAGCUUCUUACUUGUAUUCUUCUCCUGGGAUAAUUCAUUUGAACAGUGUGUCCUUAUUUGAUUUAGCAACUCCUAAUUGGUAGCAUCACAUCAAUUACUACCACCCAGUUUGCUCUUGAGGACUGGUGACUUGACCUCAUACACAGCUCUCAUGAUUCUGGAUAUUGCGCUAAACCCAGCUUUCAGAACAUGGGACCCCUGUCUGGAAGGCAGAGGCUGAUCUAAAUUCCUGAGUUACCCAGUUCCUCUGGGCUUCAGCUUGACUCUCACUCUUGGAUAAUCCCUAAAUUAGGGACACAUUCUGUGCAGACAUUUUCUUCCAAUUGUUCUGCAUUGUAGUACUCUACACAUGGCAGUCAGGGGCAUGCUCAACUUUGGGUGUGAUGAUUCUAAAACCUAGAGGUGUUCUGGGCCAACUCUGCUUCUGUGACUUGCCAUUUCAUGAUGUGCAACUGCUGAGGUUAGAGUUUCAGGCGGGUUGUCAGAGUGCUCUUAACCACCCUUUCCUUUGGCUGGGCAGUCCUCUGUAUCCGCUGCAUUAGAGUGUAUUUGUUGCUCCCAGAAUAUUGAACUGCUGGAUCCUGGUCCUUGCCUUCCUGUUGUCCACUUUUCUGAAGGUAUCAACUCUGUGUUCACAGAAGAUGGAGAGAGCUUUGAAUUUCUGAUUUUGCACUUAAAAGUUGCCAUUUCCUCUCCGCCACCUGGGUAUUCUACCAUGUAAAGAUUAGCCCAUUCUGACAGUACUGAGCAGCGUGCUGAGUAAUUCCAUGGAGUGAUCAGCAGCACUGUGACAUUCUCUGGCAGGGGCCGCUCCCAGAAGUCGGAGUGAUACUCUAGCCCUGCAGGUACAGUUCCCUCACUAUCUUUAAUUCUUCAGUGCUGUCAGUAGAAAUCACAGAUAGAAUAACAUCCAUGUGCCUUCAAACUCAGCCCCUCAUGGCAUCUCCCCUUCCCCAUCACAAAGAAUGGGGAGCCCACACUAUUGCAGGCUGGAGCAUGCUACAAGGCAUGAAGGUGGAAGAGCAUGUCAGCUGUCAUCUGGGAAGCUGUGUGGCAGGUUCCUGGUCUGUGAAAGUGCUCUCCAUCAAGUUGGGUGACCUGCCAGCCCCCAUGAAAGCUGUACCUUAGCUCCAAGUUACAGGAGAGGAUAUUCUUUGUGAUGGUGGAGUCAGGACUUCAGGUUGAACAUAGACUUGGAAGCUUCCAGUAGCUUUAAAGCCCCAAAUUCUCUAAAUUCAGCCACCACCUAAUAAAGGCCACCUACGUGAGUUGCUAUCUCCUGUUAGGUGAUCAACAACUCAUCCUUUCUCCCCGGGUGAGCUGCAGGUGGAGCAGAAUUUCAAGAGGUUGCGUGGAAUCCACCGUGCCCUGGGCCCAUACAUGUUCAUCUGUAGCUUCUCAUGGCUGGCAAGCCCCAGAUCCAACAAUAAACUUGGAAAACUGCUCACUGCUGCAGAGAUCUGCUUUCAGUCCUAUCCCUGUGUCCCGCUGGUCCUGUUACCUCCUUACCUUGAAUCCCUCACAAGAAACACAUUUCUCAGCUGAGUUCUUCCUUUUGCUUUUUUCUUUUUUACUUUAUUUUACUUUACAAUACUGUAUUGGUUUUGCCA